AUGGCUUUGGGAAAACGGUCCACGAUCCGUCUUCCUCCAGAAGUUAACCGAGUUUUGCUCGUAAAAAAUUUGCCCUACAAUAUCUCGGCGGAAGAAAUGUAUGAUUUAUUUGGGAAAUAUGGUGCAAUUCGGCAAAUCCGUGUUGGAAACACGCCGGAGACAAAAGGCACCGCGCUGGUAGUCUAUGAGGACAUUUUCGACGCAAAAAAUGCUUGCGACCACCUCAGUGGCUUCAAUGUGUGUAAUCGAUAUUUGGUUGUGCUCUACUACCAGAGAAACAAGUGUGAUGAUGAUGAUGAUGGUGCGUUGGACCGGGUGGCUGGAGUGUUACAGCAGCACAGGGUCGCGCCGCGCCCUCGUGUCGUCAGUGCUUUCGAAUUAAACACAAUGCAAUUCAAAAAAGCCGAUGUGGACAAAAAACGCGAGACACUGGAUCAUCUGAAGGCAAAGUAUGGUUUGAAUACGCCAAGGCCCAAGUAA